AUGGACCUCAUGAACACGGUAUUCAAGCCAUACUUAGACCAUUUUGUGAUUGUGUUCAUUGAUGAUAUUUUGGUCUACUCUCGGAGUGAGGCUGAGCAUGGACAACACCUGAGAAUUGUGCUACAGACACUUAAGGAACGAAAGCUUUAUGCCAAGAUCUCAAAAUGUGAGUUCUGGUUGAGCACAGUUUCCUUUUUAGGACACGUGGCGUCCCGAGAUGGGAUUCAAGUUGAUCCAAAGAAAAUUAAAGUAGUUCGAGAUUGGCCUCAACCCACUACUCCCACAGAGAUACGCAGUUUCAUGGGACUAGUUGGAUAUUACAGAAUUUGUAUUUGCGCUCAAGAUACGCGUCACUAUCUUUAUGGUGAGCGGUGUGAAAUCUAUCUUGAUCACAAGAGUUUGCAAUACAUAUUCAAGCAAAGAGAUCUGAAUUUGAGACAGCGACGGUGGUUAGAGUUACUUAAAGAUUAUGAUCUUACUAUUUUGUAUUAUCCUGGUAAGGCGAAUGUGGUGGCAGACGCCUUGAGUAGAAAGUCUAUGGGAAGCUUGGACCGAUUUACUGCUGAAGAACGACCUAUGGCUAAGGAUAUUCGAGGGCAUUUGCCAACCGCGGGAGUUCGGAUUGAUCAUACAAGAUACGGGGUGUUACUUGCAGUUAUGGUGGCACAAUCAUCCUUAGUGGGGCAGGUUGCUUAUAAUAACAGCUACCAAUCGAGUCUACAGAUGGCGCCGUUUGAGGCUCUAUAUGGUCGCAGGUGUCGUUCACCUGUUGGAUGGUUCGAACCGGGCGAAGCACAACUAUUAGGUCCAGAUUUGGUGCAGCAAGCCUUGGAAAAAGUUGCAUUGAUACGAGAACGGCUUCAGACAGCACAAAGCAGACAAAGUCCUAUAUAG